AUAGAUGGAUAAGAAGGUAGUUAAAAGUUACACGUGGCAGCACCAAAGUAGAGUCCUAGGCAGGCAUAAACUUGUUGGAAACUAUAACCAUUAUUGUUCAUCUUAGCUUCAAAAACAAUGGCGGCUAUUUGGGUGUCUGCAUCACUUGUUUCUACAAACCCAUCAUCCAAAUUAUUGAGUCCAUCUUUUAAAACUAAUAAGUUUUUGAUUAGUUGUAAUCCAAUUUUAACAACUAAAUUAUUACCAAAAUUACAAGCAGGUGGUUUGACAGAUAUUGAACCUGACCUCAAUGAAGAUCCUCGUGACCGUUGGGCUACUAAUGGAAUCCCACAGGACGAGUUUGAAUAUGGAGUAUACGAUGGGCAUCACACAUUUUUUGAAACUUCAGAGAAAGGAACAUUUUGGGGAGCGGUAGCUGAGGAAUAUGCUUCCAUGGAACCACCUACUGGUUUCCAAGGACUUAUUUCGUGGCUCUUCCUUCCAGCAGUUGCUGCUGGGAUGUACUUCAAUGUUCCGGGGGAGUAUUUGUACAUUGGAGCAGCUCUAUUUACUGUCGUAUUUUGCAUAUUUGAGAUGGAUAAACCUGACCAACCUCACAACUUUGAGCCUCAAAUAUACAACAUGGAGAGAGGAGUUCGCGACAAAUUGAUUUCUGAUUAUAACACUAUGGACAUUUGGGACUUCAAUGAAAAAUAUGGAGAUCUCUGGGAUUUCACGUUGAAGAAAGACGAUAUUACAAAGAGAUAACUCUAGGGAAACAACAUACAAUGAAUUUUGCGUGUAUGCGUAUGUUCAUAAAAUGUUUAUAUGUAGAGCUACAAUUUAACUUUAUAAUCAUUUAUAUUUGAAACUUUAUAAUCAUUUAUUAAGCUUCUUUUGUGCUCUUCAACU